AUUUUGUCUAUAUAAAUGCCGAUUCUACACCAAGGAACACAAACGGAAAUAGUUUGCAGCGAGAGUAAGAGUCCUACCAUGUCUUCUCCUUCGUCAUCCCGUGUUGUUAUCUUUCCUUUCAUGGCUCAAGGCCAUACUCUUCCAUUACUCUACCUAUCAAAAGCUCUUUCACGUCAACAAAUCAUGGUGACCAUCAUCACCACCCCGUCAAAUGCGACAUCAAUAGCCAAAACCAUUGCUAAUCACCCCAAAAUCAGUCUCGUUGAAAUCCCAUUCCCCACUAUUGAUGGCCUACCUAAGGAUUGUGAAAACACCUCUCAACUACCUUCAAUGGAAUUUCACCUUCCUUUUCUCCAUGCCACCAAACAACUCCAAAAGCCCUUCGAGCAAGUCCUACAAACCAUGUUGGAAUCCAAAACCCCUCCUAUAUGUGUCAUUUCAGAUUUUUUUCUUGGCUGGACACUUGCUUCAUGCCAAGCAGUUGGUGUCCCUAGGCUAGUCUUUCAUGGCCUGGGUAUUCUAUCAAUGGCCAUCAUCAAAUCUAGUUGGUUUCAUGCACCACAACUGGAAUCAGUGUCAAUGUUUGAUCCUUUAGACCUCCCUGGCAUGAAACUCCCCUUCACUUUGACUAGAGAAGACUUGCCAGGGUCGACCAACUUACCAGAACAUGAUGACAAAUUUUACCAGUUCAUACAAGAAGUAGGAGAGGCUGAUGUAAAGAGUUGGGGAGUUAUUGUUAAUAGCUUUGAAGAGCUAGAAAAGAGUCACAUCCAAGCUUUUGAAUCUUUCUACAUCAAUGGGGCUAAGGCUUGGUGUUUAGGCCCUCUAUGUUUGUAUGAAAAAAUGGGAAGCGAUAAAUCCACCAACCAAGACCAUUCCUGUACUUUAACACAAUGGCUGACUGAGCAAGUCACACCAGAUUCUGUGAUUUAUGUUUCAUUUGGUACACAAGCUGAUGUAUCAGAUUCCCAGCUUGAUGAAGUGGCUUUUGCCUUGGAGGAGUCAGGAUCUCCUUUCUUAUGGGUGGUAAGAUCAAAGACAUGGUCUUUACCUACUGGCUUGGAAGAGAGAAUAAAAAAUAGGGGUUUGAUUGUAAGAGAAUGGGUCAAUCAACGCCAAAUACUAUCUCAUCGUGCAAUAGGUGGGUUCUUGAGUCAUUGUGGUUGGAAUUCAGUGCUAGAGAGUGUAUCAGCUGGUGUGCCAAUUCUUGCUUGGCCAAUGAUAGCUGAACAAUCACUGAAUGCUAAAUUUAUAGUGGAUGGACUUGGAGCCGGGCUUAGUGUCGAAGGGGUGCAAAAUCAAGUCUCUAAAAUUCUUGUUUCAAGGCAAGCUAUAUGUGAAGGUGUGGAGGAGUUGAUGGGAGGAUCAAAGGGAAGGAUUGCAAAGGAGAGAGCGCAAGCCUUGGGCAGGGUGGCUAGAAGGGCAGUGCAAAAAGGUGGGUCGUCUCAUGACACCCUGAACAAGCUCAUUGAUCAACUUCGUGUCUCUAUGUAGUAUAUAUGCAUAAUGUUAUCAUAUAUAUAUAUAUAUAUAUAUAU